GAUGUGUGGGAUGUGUAGUUUCCGGUCCGCCAUGUUGCUUGUUCUUUCUUUUCAUCAAGGCUUUUCAUGUGCUUGGCACACGUAUGGCGCGCGGUUGUCAGCGUAUUGUAGAGAUUUAGUCGGAAUUCGGCGUUAUUAUUGAAGAGAGUGUCAUAAUAACGCUGUCGAAAUGGUCUCUCGAUACUUUCAGAGACCGGAAAAUGUCCGGAAGAGAGCGUUAGAGUUGCUCGAGGUGGGGAAGAAGGACCGCGCUCUCGAUGUCUUGUACGAGUUCAUCCGGCGCGGCCGGCACCGGCAGCACAACUUCUCCGAGAAGGAGCUCGAGCCCAUCAUGUUCAUGUACCUGGACCUCUGUGUGGAGCUCAAGAAGUCCCACAAUGCCAAGGAGGGCCUGUUCCAGUACAGGAACUUCUGCCAGAAUGUGAACGUGGCCUCGCUGGAGACGGUGGUGCGCGGGUACCUGCGCAAGGCAGAGCUGAAGACGGAGGCGGCCCGCAAGGAGUCGCAGGAAGCUGUGGAAGAGGUGGACGACCUGGAGAACCUGGUCAGCCCCGAGCAGCUGCUGCUCAGCGCGGUGAGCGGCGAGGACAAACAGGACCGUUCGGACCGCACCAUCCUGACACCCUGGGUCAAGUUCCUCUGGGAGUCGUACCGCCAGUGUCUGGAGCUGCUCAAGACCAACUCGCGCGUCGAGUCGCUCUACCACGACACGGCGCGUCAGGCGUUCCGCUUCUGCGUGAAGUACCAGCGUAAGACCGAGUUCCGCAAGCUCUGCGAGAUCCUGCGCAAGCACCUGGACCAGCUGAAGCUGCACUCGUCGUCCAACACCAUCAGCCUCAACAAUGUGGAGACGCACGCCAAGAACAUGGAGACCUGGCUGGCCCAGCUGGACAACGCCAUCACCCUGGAGCUCUGGCAGGAGGGCUAUCGUGCCAUUUACGAGCUACACAGCCUCAUGGCGCGCUCCAAGACCAAGCCUAAGACCCAAAUGAUGGCUGGCUACUACAGUAAGCUGUCACUUGUCUUUGCCAAGGCCGGCAACCUCCUUUUCCACGCCGCCUCCCUCAUCAAGUUGUUCCAGCUCUCCAAGGAUCUGAAGAAGAACCUGUCUCCCGAGGAGAUCAGAAAGAUGGCCUCUCGCGUGCUGCUGGCCGUGCUGUCGGUGCCGCUGACGCCGGCCCACCUCGAGUACGACCGGUUCGUCGAGACCGAGAAGAACGUGAUCGAGAAGACCGAGCGGCUGGCCAGCCUGUUCCGCAUGCCCAAGGCGCCGACCCGCGAGUCGCUCAUCAAGGAACUGAGUCGGCACAGCGUGCUGCAGUUUGUGGGCCCGGAGCUGCUGCAGCUCUACCAGAACAUGGAGGUGACGUUCGACCCGCUACACGCCUGCCACAAGAUCAAGGCGGUGACGGACGCGCUGGCGGCCGACCCGACCCAGGAGACGCUGGCGUGGUACAUCGAGCCGCUGCACAAGGUGGCCCAGCUGCGGCUUAUCAAACAGGUGGCGCAGGUGUACCAGACGAUCGAGUUUGGCCGGCUGGUGCAGCUCUGCCCGUUCACCUCCGAGUUCCAGCUGGAGCGUAUUAUCGUCGACGCCGUCCGACGCAACGAGAUGCAGAUCAGCGUGGACCACCGGGCGCGCGCCGUCCACUUCGGCACCGACCUGGGCGAGUUCCAGCGCGAGGACCAGCUCGAGGGGCCCGUGCUGCAGCAGAUGCCCAGCGAGCAGAUCCGCACCCAGCUGAUUGCCAUGUGCUCGACGCUGCACCGCGCCCGACUGGCCGUCGACCCCGACUACAAGAAGACGGAGCGCGCCGAGCUGCGCGCGCUCAUCCACCGCAGCUACCACAUGUCCAAGAAGAAGGAGCACGACAGGAUCCUGGCGCGCCAGACCUACAUCGAGGAGCACAAGGAGCGCAUGGAGACCAUCACCAACGAGCGCGAGGAGGAGGAGCGCCAUCGCCAGGAGGAGCUCGAGCGCCAGCAGAUGAUCGAGGAGCAGCGCCGCCUCGAGCGCGAGGCCACUGAGCGCGAGAAGAAACGCCGCGAGGACGAGAUCAAGAUGAUCAACGCGCGCCAGCUCAAGAACAAGAUCCAGCAGAUCAGCCAGACGAGCGUCGGCCAGAAGGUGAUCAGCAAGUACAACGAGGAGGAGCUGCUCAAGAUGGACGCCGACGAGAUCAUGGCGCGCCAGAUGGAGGAGCUGGAGAAGGAGCGACGCGAGCAGGCGCAGAAGCUGACCAACCAGUGGCGCCGGCUGGACCACAUCGAGCGCGCCAAGCGUCUGGAGGAGAUCCCGCUGGUGCAGGAGCGCUACAAGCAGCAGAAGGUGGAGAGCCGCGCCGCCUGGGAGGAGCAGCAAAAGGAGCUGGUCGCCAAGGCCAUCGAGGAGCACAACCAGGCCAUCAAGCACAAGGCCCGCUUGGCGCGCAUGGACGCUGACAAGAACACGUUCGUCAACAAACUGAAGUCGGCCAGGAAGAGCGACUUCCAGGCCAAGCUGGAGGAGUUCCAGAAGAAGCUGGCCAAGGUGCGUGCCGAGCGCCUGGAACAGCGCAAGGAGCAGCGGAAGCAGGAGCGUCGCCAGCGCUGGCUGACGGAGCGCCAGGAGGAGGAGCAGCGGCGCCGCGACGAGGAGGCCAAGCGGCAGCGCGAGGAGGCCGAGCGGCUCCAGGCCGAGAAGGAGGCUGCCGAGGCCGAGGAGAUGCGUAAGCGCAAGGAGCAGCUGGAUGCGGCGUUCGCGCGCCAGCAGGCCAAGGAGCGCGAGAUUGAGGAAAAGCGCCUUCAGCGCAUGGCGGCCGAGCAGCCGCCGGCCCGCGGCGGCGGCUGGCGCGAGCGCGAGUCUGCGCGCGAAGACAGCUGGCGCCCGCAGCGCCGCGACGACGGCGACGAGAGCGGCUGGCGUCGCGACGGGCCGCCCAGAAGGGACGACGGGCCGCCCAGAAGGGACGACGGGCCGCCCAGAAGGGACGACGGGCCGCCCAGGAGAGACGACGGGCCUCCGAGGAGGGGCGACGGCCCGCCGCCGCCGCGCAGGGAUGACGGCUGGCGGCGCGAUGACGGGCCGCGCAGAGACGACGGGCCGCGCAGGGAUGACGGACCACCACGUCGCGAUGGAGGGUGGAGACGCGACGACGGACCUCGCCGCGACGACGGGCCCCGUCGGGAUGACGGGCCUCCGCCGCGCCGGGAUGACGGUGGCGGCUGGAGGAGGGACGACGGGCCCCCGCGCCGUGACGAUGGAGGCUGGCGCCGUGACGAGGGACCCCGCCGAGACGACGGACCGCCUCGCCGUGAUGACGGAUGGCGGAGGGACGACGGGCCGCCUCGCAGGGACGACGGCGGCUGGAGAAGGGAUGACGGCCCGCGGCGCGACGACGGACCUCCGCGCAGAGACGACGGCGGCUGGCGGCGAGAUGACGGACCUCGCCGAGAUGACGGGCCACGCCGGGACGCCGGGUGGGGCCGCGACCCCGCACCCCGCCGGGACGACGGGCCGCCGCGCAGGGACGAUGGAGGCUGGCGCCGCGAUGACGGACCGCCGCCCCGCCGUGACGACGGCGGCUGGAGGCGCGACGACGGACCGCGUAGGGAUGACGGCCCCCGCAGGGACGACGGGCCGCGCCGUGAGGGCGGCGCCUGGAGACGCGACGACGGCCCGCCGCGUCGGGAUGAUGCGCCGCGCCGCGAGGAGGGUGGUGCCUGGCGCCGGGACGGCGCACCGCGCCGCGACGAGCCGCCACGUGGGGACAAUCCGCCACCGCGCGGCGACGAGUCGGCGUGGCGCCGCCCUGCGGAGAAGUCGACCCCGGCGCCGCCGCCGGCCCAGAACGCGUGGCGCCGCCGCGAGGAGCAGCGCGAGCCACCGCACAAGGAGGCGCCGCCGCCGGCACCGGCGGCCGCCCCGCAGCCGGACCCGGACGAAGAGGAGGGCUGGACCAAGGCGACCAAGGCCCGCCGCUGAGGAGCCGAGGCCCGCCGCUGAGAUGUCCGGCUUUUGAGUGGGCAGAGCCGCGCUGCAGCCCGAACCGUAGUUACUCCCCCCCCCCGGAAACCCAAUAUAUAUCACCGUUUGUAGCAUGGGCGUGGUGUAAGCUUUCGCUGGGUCAAUCGGCCCCCCUGUUAUCAGUCUUACUUAGUAAUUCCCGUCGGCGUUGACUAAUUUGUGUUGGCGACGCGACUGAGCGCCGGUGGCCUCAGUAAGGCGUUUUCAGGCUUCGUAUGCGCAUGGUCCUGGAUUCCUUUGGUGCUCCUUACGUCUCAGCUAAAUAAACUCCGAAAGAAAA